AGUUUCAGUCAGUCGUUCCAGUGGAAUGCUGAAAUGUAGCAGGACUGCUGCAGGACCAUUUUUCCCGCGAAAAUAUCCGCCACAAUUGUCAACAGGCUGAAUUUUCAGUUCGACUCAAUAAUCAGAUUGAAUUUUAACGUGUUUCGUCGGUGUCAUUAACUGGUUAUUUGGUGCGGUUGGAAUUAUGACCGAAACAUGAAUCCUUGUAGAGGUUAUUGGUGUUGGUUAGUUUUUGGAAUUAUCCUUCUUCAACGAGUCACCUCGACCAGAGUUCGCAGAACCACUCUACUCUCUUCAACUACCCCCACUCCAGAUGACGAUGACGAGGACUGGGAUGAACAAGAAUCCUCAGAAAUCGAUGAUGAUGGCAAAGUAUACAAAAAUCCCAGAAAUUCCCCAUCCACACUGUGUCCUAGAGACGAAGAGCAGGCAACACUACUGGGCCAAAAGUGCUUAAGAAAAUGUUCCUCUGACGAAGACUGCAAAAGCAAAAAGAAGAAGUGCCUUUGUGAUGGAUCUUGCGGGCUAUCAUGUAUAAAACCAGAUCGCGAAUGUCCAGAACCAGAGCAAAUUGGCUACGGAUCGGUAACAGCGAGCGGAAAACUAUUCGGAGCUAGAGCUACCUACACGUGCCAACACGGCUAUCACGUGGUAGGGCUGCAAAGCAGGACUUGCCGAGCUGACGGUCAAUGGGCUGGCAGUGCACCAGCAUGCAAACAGAACAUUUACUGUCUACAACCGCCUGCUAUAGACCAUGCUAGACACAAUGCUCUAGCAGAGCAAGCUACCUUUGACCUGGAUGCCACCCUCCAGUACUACUGUCACACUGGAUACGUGACCAAUGGAUUUCCCAGAGCAAAAUGUCUGGACAUCGACGGACAGGCUUCUUGGUAUGGCCCCGACAUAUCUUGCGAACCAAGGUCAUGCGGUGCCCCAACUGAGAUAUCUCAUGGAUAUCAUGCAGGAGAAUGCUACACGUACGGCUGCACCAUCACAUAUCACUGCGCUGAAGCCUACGAACUGGUUGGCAAGAAGGAGAGGUUUUGCCAAGCAGACGGCACAUGGUCCCCUAAGGAACUGUCAACUUGUGUUCUCGUUACAGCAGUACAGUGCGCUCCACCGGAGAACCCCAGACACGGCAAGGCGAUUUACACCUCCUGCAGCUACAAUUCCGUGGUGAGCUAUGAGUGCAAGUACGGCUACACCCUAGUGGGAGAAAGUACCAGGAGAUGUGGAGCUGACAAGAAGUGGACUGGGUCCCAACCAACAUGUAAAGAGAUAAACUGUGGACAUCCUGGACGACUAUGGAACGGUUGGUUGGAAAAUAUAGAAGCUGGAACGGGAUUGGGAGCUUCGAUCAUCUUCAGAUGCCACGAAGGGAUGUUGCUGCAAGGUAACACCUCUACCGUUUGCCAAAUCGAUGGUAAAUGGAGAUAUCCCCUUCCAAAAUGUCUAGCUCCUUGUGUUGUUCCCCACGUUACUCAAGGCGUAGUCAUACUACUGGGGAGCAACGAAACAGCUAUCACUUCUACUGUGGUACAAAAUGGUUCAGAGCUCUCGGUUGAAUGUGAUCCAAACUACGAGUUUUUAGCUAGCUUAUCGCAAGUCACUUGUAACAAUGGCACUUGGACUUUUAUCCCCAAAUGCGAACCCGCAAGGUGUAAGUUAUUGCCCAAAGCCCCAAGAAACGGGAUGGUAUUAGCACCAAAGAUGGAGCAUGGUAUGAAGUCGAGGUUUAGAUGCAAAGAUGGGUACCAACUGAAGGGAGAGGAGCUCAUGGAGUGUUCCUUCGGGAACUGGACCGGGGAACCACCAAAGUGUGAAGAAGUGUAUUGUCCAUAUCCAGGUGCUGUUGAAAAUGGCAAAAUUCUUUUAGUUGGUAAUAUGGGUUUGUACGAUUAUAGACCUUACGUGAGAAAAGUGACAAAUAACAAACAAAUCAUGUAUGACUGUGAUAAAGGCUAUGUACUAGCUGAAGGACCACCUGGAGCCACUUGCAUUGGGGGGAACUGGAGUCCGAAACAGCUUCCUAAAUGUCUUCUUGGUCAGCAUCCAAGGAUCAGAUGGAACAGAAGAAAGCGAUCAGCGAUUAUGGAGAAAUACAAAAGGGUGUUCAUAAGACAUCACGAGCUGAUUCUCAACAACAGAUAUAAAAGACAUAUCCACAACUAUCUCCACCACAUGGAGGUUGAACUGAACAAUCAAUCAGUUCGUAAAGAACCCCUGUCUUCCAGAAUCGCCAACGCUCUGCAGAAACAUAACCUCAAACGGAAAAAGAGGGGUCUCAAAGGAGGCGGUGGAAGCAGGGCCUUGGGAACCAGCCACAAAUCCUCCAGCUCCUCUCUCAACCUCCGAAGAGGCAACAAACAGAAAUCCUUCGAGGCCGAAGAAGAAACCCCACUCAUCGAAGUGAUCGAGCCCAAGACCAAGGCGCCCAAGCACAAGAACAAGGGACCUUGCGAACCUUUGUCUGACGAGCCCUACGUCAACGUCGAGGUGGUGAAGACGGGGAAAGACCCUAACACGACCUCUAGCUCGGGCACUGUGGUCAAAAUGGCUUGCGGAAAGGGCUAUGGUCUGAAUAUGCCUGACAACAAGACUGCCAAGUGUGUUAGAGGGAAAUGGAGACCUGUCAAGCCAGACUGUCUAAUAUUACCCUGCUUUGUCCCUGUCACCCCCCACGGCAUCUACACCCUUUCCAAGGUCGACCAAUCGACCCUCAAGCACGACCCCCAGCUCGACGACGACCUUGACCUUGACCGACCUCUGAACGACACUGUCGACAUCGACAACGGCCGAGCAGUCGAGUUCGCUUGCGAGGAAGGGUAUUCCGUGCAAGGGCCUAGUAACUUGAGGUGUUGGCAUGGCGAUUGGGCAGUCACAAGCUUUCCCGAAUGCUCCCCAGCCCCCUGUCAACUGCCGAAAAUACCUCACGGUCAGUACAUGUCGGGCUACAGAGCCGGCCUGACCAUAGCCAACGGCUCCAGCGUGAGUUUCCAAUGCGACAACGAUCCCACCAAGGCUCACGACGUGGAUUGUCUGUUGGGGGAGUUGAACCCCAGCCACCCCAGCUGCGGUGCCAGCGGCGGGGCAAAAGGUCACGACACGCAGUAUUUGGGCGGCAGCGAUAUAGUCAAGGGAGGGGAGAUAACUGUCAUACAGUACGGCCAUUCGGGUGGUAAUCCUUGUGGCCCGCCAGCAAAAGUCCGUGGCUCUUUGAUCUACAAGAACGGGGAGCCAGUGAUAGACGAAGAAAACACUUUCCCAGAUGGCAGCGAGGUAUCAUUCAAUUGCAUCGAGAGCAUCAUGGGAGAAAAAACCACUUGGAAAAUUAGUUGUGAAGAUGGUAGUUGGAUAGGGCGAUCGCUGAACUGUGAUGCCGACGAUAUGAUGGCAUCGCAAGUAAUGAACAACAGUACUUGCAUAUUCAGGAACCAGGAACCCAACGUCAUAUCAUUUUAUAACGACCAGCAAAUUCGCGAGGAUGUGGUAGAAUUCCCAGCUGGAGCAGUUUUGGUUAGCAGAUGCGUCGACAUCGGGAAAUUCGCGAUGAUAGGACCCAACCAAAGGAGAUGCAUGGGUGGAGAUUGGGAUGGUCUCAAACCAACCUGCUUCGGACUGAACCAAGCCAAUGACUACUCGAUGGAAAAACCACCGACCAUCCUAUUCAGGCACCAGCUUGGGCCAAUCGCGCAGUCAAAUGAGGGAAAACUGAUUGUUUAUCCAGGAACGGUCUUGCAUAUGGAAUGUCUAUGGAUGAGAAGAUUCGGCAAUCCCAAGUGGACAGUCAGUCACGAUUACAGAAAAUAUCCGGAAGGAUGGGCUACUGACUCUGGACGUGAUUCUCAGCUGGAGUAUAGACUGUCGAUAUUCCAUGCUUCCAAAGACGAUUCGGGACUAUUCACUUGCGUAACACCUGCUAGGUAUAACCAUGCCGUGGAAAUAGAGGUAAAAGCCGUGCAUUGUCCGGUGGUACCUCAACGCAGAGGCCUCACAGUCAACACCCAAAGCACCAAGCUGAACACCAGGCUGAAGUUUGCCUGCAUCAACGGAAACGCUCUAAUAGGAGCCCCGGAAGUGGUCUGCCUCCCAUCAGGCAACUGGAGCUCCCCGUUUCCCAUCUGCGAAAGUAUCGAAUGCGGCGAAGUGGGAGGCAAUUUGGGGCCCCACCUCAAAGUGCUUGUAGUGUCUAGAGAGGUGGGCGGUAGGGCUAUUUUCAGCUGCGAGCCCGGCUUCGGGCUGAGAGGGGCUGUGGACACUGUCUGCCAAGCUAGCGGCGAUUGGGCUACUCCAUUCCCGAAGUGUGAAGAGGUCCAUUGUGACCCGCCUGCUGCUCCUGAAAAUGGAUAUAUCCAGGGAAAUGGGCCCUACAAAGCCGGUGACGUCAUUCAAUUCAACUGCAACCCAGACUAUAUGAUGGAGGGACAGCCAAUAGUAGCAUGCCAGGAAAACUCUAGGUGGUCAGGAAAACUGCCAAAAUGUCUCCAGGCAUGUUCCUAUCCAGGGACGACCAUAAGCGGUCGGAUGUCGUCUGUCAAAUUUUUCUACAAGAUUGGCGAGAACAUAACCUUCACUUGCGAAGAGGGGCUUCAGCUGAAAGGUGCGGCGAUGCUGAAAUGCCUGAAAAACGGCAAAUGGUCCAACGCGAUACCGACAUGUCUGGGAGAAAAUCCAGGAAAAAAGUAAAAAUGCCACCAUCUGGAAGAUGUCUUUUGAAUAUCAUUAUUUUCAGAAUAAGUAUUUCGUCCAAAAAAUAUUGAGUAUAAGUCAUCAUGCUCUUUCUUACUCGAACCUCGAAUAAUUCCUUCAGAAAAAUAGUUCGUGCAUUUUGAUUCAAGAAAAGUUCAAUGAUAUAAUUUUUUAUACAGUGAAACAAAUUCGUUAAAAGCUUAAUAUGGCGAGUGCGGAAAAAACGCUCAGACACGAUUUUCUUUUUCAGUUACGCAUUUUUUGGUCUACUCAUAUCUUUAAUGACGUCAUCACUCUUUGAGUUAUGACGUCAUUAUCAUUUUUCCUGUGUAUGAUCGUCAUUUUUUCUAUAUUUUUUCUCAUCUUAAAUAUGUAACCCUAUUUUCGAGAAAUGAAAGAGGUGUUAUUCUAUAUAAUGGUAUUUAUAAUGAUGACGCCAUCAAUAAUAUGAAAUCUCUUUCAGUUCCCGAAAAUAGGGUUCUGCAAGAUGUGGAAAAAUAAAGAAGAAAUAUGACGUCCAUACACAGAAGAAUGCGUUAUUUUUAAGGUAUCAUCAGAAUAGGGUAUUGCCAUUUGAAUCAAAUUAUAAUGAUAUCAUAACCCGAACAGUGAUGACGUCACCAAAAAUAUAGUUAGACCACAAAAAUGCGCAAUGUGAAGAAGAAAAUUUACGUUUUUGAGCGUUUUCCCGCAAUGGCCAUAUUGAAGUUUUAACGAAAUUGUUCCAACCUUCAAUUGCUCACUGUUAUAUA